AUAUAUAUAUAUAUAUAUAUAUAUAUAUAUAUAUAUAUAUAUAUAUAUAUAUAUAUAUAUAUAUAUGUAUAUGUAUAGAGCGAUAUAAAGAAAGAGAUAUAGAGAAGAGAGUAGAGAGACAGAUUAUGUAUAUUACGACGCUAUGUAUUUAGAUUUUGCUUCCGGAGAAACGUUGUGAGAACGCGACCAGUAAAGUAGAUAGACAGGCAGACACUGACUGACGCUGACUGACUGACUGAGUGACUGAGUGACAGGACCACAGCGGCGCCUCCAGCCCUGCAGUGCCCUGAGCGUCUGCCGCGAGAGAGGGGGAGGGCGUCCUGUCAGGGUCAUUGAGGCAGCCACCAUGAGUGAGUGAGACGGCGCCGCGCCCAGGACCAGGGAGUGUGUGAGGGCGGGCGUGGGGUGGAGGCGCGCUGUGAGGAGGAGGAGCGAGUGGAGGACAUAGAGCAGACGUGGCAAGGCGGGAUGAGAGGGACAGUAGUGAGUGUGUGAGUGAGGCGGAUGAAGGGUGAAGGAAGGAGGCUGUGUGUCAGAUCUUAUGAUGACCAAUGUGAUGACGGUGAGGAUGAUACUGUAGUGUAAUAAAGCUUUUGUUGUGCGAGGAAUUUGUUGAGUCUAUUCCAAAUAAAGGAAUUUAUUAGAAUUACACGUUGGCUCGGAAGGAAAUGACUGUAUAGAUUAACGUCCUCUGUUGUUUUUAAGAGAAUACAAGAGAAUACUUAUAUUUUGUUGUUGACGAGGAGGGAAAGGCAGGCGUAGCGCGGGCAAGGCAUGGCCCGGGAAGGGAAACGCGGGUCAGGACCAGUCUAGGCUUACACUAUACUUAGCAGUGAAGCGCAUCACACACAAGAUGGAGGAGGAAAAAAAUAAAUAGAUAAAUAUAUAAGGACCAAUAAUUGUCACAACAUACUGGAAGGUGUUUAUAUUUAUACACAAAAAAACCCUUGUUAUUUUUAUUGAGGUAAGCACGUGAUGAUUGGUGAUUGGUUACAGGAUUGGUGGAAGAGAGAGAGAGUGACUAGGGUGACGUGAUAAGUAUGUGGGUGAGCCCUGCUGCUACUGCUGCUGCUGCUGCUGCUGGUGCCAUCUCUCUUGGCCGGCAACUACAUGUGGCUGCAGAACAUAAUUUCUAUUGUUAUUAUUAUUAUUAUUAUUAUUAUUAUUAUUAUUAUUAUUAUUAUUAUUAUUAUUAUUAUUAUUAUUAUUAUUAUUAUUAUUAUUAUUAUUAUUAUUAUUAUUAUUAUUAUUAUUAUUUUUGUUGUUGUAUUCUAUAAAGGUUUCCAUCCGAGUUUGUGUAGGAGACGUUUCUGACGAAGAACGAAAGAGGAAAUUUCAUGAAAUGCUCAUUAAAAAUGAGGGAAAGAAUUUCUGGUAAAGGCAAACCACUUUGAAGACCAUGUUGUGUGUUUGUUAAAUGUUUGUUGGUUUGUUUCUUCCCACGUGUUGCUUCCCUGUGGCUUUCCUCCUCCAGACCGCAGAACUGUUGUGACUGGUGCAAUAAAUAGGUCACCUGAGA